UGACAACGCCGUGUGCGAGUGCAGGCUACACAGUACACUGACACCAGACAUCGCGUGAAUCAAGAGCUCGCCUGGGAUGAGUUCUCAUACGUGUGGAAGCUUGAGAAUAGCCUAGCGUGUUUUCUUUCCCUCGUUCAUAUCAUUCACAUCAUUAAGCUUUUUAAAUAAAGCCAGGACAGGCUUGAGCAGCUACCAGUAACACAACCAUGGACUCGGACACAGCAGACUCCAUCAAAGUCAAAGUAUCCCCAACUCAAAGCGCAUACUUUGCAGGCGAACCGUUCAGCGUCGCAAUCACAUUCACCAAUACUCGUAUACCUUCUCCACACAACACACCAGUACCUGGGCCAGCAUCCGCACCAGUCCAGAAAUCACAUAAACGAAAUGCCCAUUCUAUAAGUUCUGCACCCCUCGCCAGGCCUCCUACCUCUCCCGGUUUGAGCCCACGUCCACCAGAUUUCAUCAAAGCGCUUGGUGUUGGAAUUGGCGAAGAGGGAAGAAAAGGAUUGAUCGGGAAUGGAGCCACCGAUGGCAAAGGGAAAGGUAAGGAAGUGCUCGAAGCCAGCCGUAGUGCAUUGGAGAAGGUCAAGCGCGGUGAAGAGUAUGUACAAGCUUAUGACGUAGAUUCAGUAACACCACGCACGACCUUCCCUAUCCCUCAACACCACCCACAUGCACGCAAACAAUCAGUGUUAGACGGUCACAUCCAGAUAAACGAAGUAGUACAACCCCCGACCAGCACACUCGACACAAUCGCAGAAGCACCCACCCACUCAUAUCCCCCUCGUAAACCAUCACUCCAGGCACUCGGGCACGGCCAUCCUCAUUCAACCACCAAACCUGUCCCAAAAAACACAAUCCUCCUCCUCUACUCAUAUGCUCAACUCUCAGGAACAGCACAUAUCCUCCCUCAAACUACACCAGCAGCCCUAUCCAACCUCCGCGCGCAUCUCCUCAAAAAACCUGUAUUGGGCGGCGGAAGCAUGGAUAUUGCCAGUACCCGCAGGCCCCAUUCGCGUUCUGCGAGUCUUACAGGUUCCCUAUUCAGUCUAUUAAGUCCUUCCAGCUAUACUCCUACACUCGGGAGAUCAAGAGCCCCUUCCCUCAGCUCCCAAAGUGAUACAUCUGCUGCGAAUGUUGGUCUGGGUUUAGGAUCGAAUGUCGGAGCAGCGAACCCCGUGGAAGAAGGCGAAGAAGAGAUGCCACUCCCUGUAUUCGAAGUACAACCUGCCAUGCUGGCUGUUGAUCUCGCCUUGAGUCCUGGAGAAAGUAGGACUUACACAUACACCCUUCCCCUACCAUCCACCCUCCCUCCUACAUUCAAAGGUCGCAUGAUCAGCUUCUCGUACGAACUUGUAGUUGGCACGUGCCGGAGAGCUGAUAGCGGCGAAGGCACCACCACUUCCGUCGGCGUGACCGUGAGCAAGGUAAUGAAAGUCCCUAUCAGGGUGUAUAAUUGGGUCAGCGUCAGCAGACCACAACGCCCCUACGACCUCCUCCUCCCUGUGCGUAAACACGAGGGUGAAAAAGUCAUUGAUCUAAGCAGCGCAUGUGGAGAUUCAAAGAAAGACUUGUCCCCUUCCUCGUCGAAGUCCUCACCGACUACAACACCCGAUGGCUCCCUUGACGAUCUCCGCGCCUACGGGGAGAGGCUACUCGAGACGUUCCCUGCGGAGGGGUCGUCGGGUGUGAGGAUUAAAGAGCCUGCUGAGAGCGUGCCUGAAAGUGUACCUUCUUCCUCCGGGCUUGCUUCCGGGAGUAAAGUAACUUCGGACCCUCUCAGAGCAUUCGAAAGAGAACGCGAAAGAGAGCUAGAGGGAGGAGAAGGAGAACUAACAGGGUGUCGAGAAGCUGUCGAGAUUUUAACCCGAAAUCCCAAGAAAGUCUCAUACGACGUGACAAAAGACGGUGUCAAAGUCGCUGUUCUUACAUUUACGAAGAGUGCCUAUAGGCUCGGGGAGACAGUCUUAGGCAUUGUAGAAAUUAAUGAGCGAGAAGGACGGGGAAAAGUGAUUUCUUUGAGCGCAACGCUAGAAACAAACGAGAGCCUCCCAGCCUCUCUAGGAAGCACAAACCCAAACACGAGUGCAAGUACUACGCGGCGCGUUCACGCAGAACACCACGCCUCAUUCACAGGCAGCACCCUUCGCACCACAUUUUCACUGGAUAUACCCAGCGACGCAUGUCCCACAUUCGGAAUCGUCCUAUCAUCUCCUCCCUUGCUUGGGAACGGGUCCACAUCUGGGAACAGUACUGGGAACGGAACGGGUGCUGAGGCUGGACCUGGGAAGGCAGGGGGAUUAACCUGGAAAGUGCAUCUGACCCUACUUGUGGGCGUGACAGCACCAAACGCACGGGUGCGUGGGUUGACGAGGGAUGGUGCGUCUACUGCAUGGGGAAGUGCUUGGCGUGCGCCUGUGGGGAUCGCUCCUGAACAACAAGAGCCUGGGAGCGCUGUGAAAGAGGUGGGUAAACAAGUGCAGCAGCAGAGCUGGACUUCAUACCUCGUGCACUCGUUCCUGGGGACUGGGGAGAAGGAGUAUCAUGAUGGAGAUAUUGAUGAGGAGGAGGUUCCUGCUGAAAAGGGAAAAGGGGAGGAGGAGGAGGAGGGUGAUUGGAGAGAUGUACAGGUUGAGAUCGUGGAGUGUGAAGUGCCAGUGGUUGUUUGGCCUGGUAACACGGCGUUCAGCGCUGUAGAUGUUGUGUUCGAGGUUUGAUCUAGCCUGAGACUGGAUCGAGAUCCGUGAUCUAGAUUCCGCGGAAGGAUCCGUGAGCGCCGGAUAUUUAUCGAAUUUUUUUUGAAUGAUAUUAUAUUUUAAUUACAAAAAUGUUGAUCGAGGCUUCAAGCCUUCGCUUUU